CAACUAAACUUCAGGGUUGUUUUCGCUAAAAAGUUCCCAUCCCCUUUGCAGGUUCAUCCCCAUGGCUCCGGCCGCCGCCGCCACUCCGGUCUACGUCCUCGGGAACGAUCUCCUGCACGAGGUGUUCCUCCGCCUCCCAACCCCCGCCGAUCUCCUCCGCACCGCGCUCGCCUGCAAGCCCUUCCUCGGCGCGGCCCGCAACGCUGCCUUCCUCCGUCAGUUCCGCCGCCUCAACCCCUCCACCUGCCCGCUCCUCCUCGGCUGCCUCCUUCGCCCCGAAGACCACCUGCCUCUCCUUCUCUCCGAGGAAGCCGCCGACGAAACGCGCCGCGUCGCUGAGACCGGUGAUUUCGCUCUGUCCUUCCUCCCGGGCGGCGGUGCCCCGUGGCAGGUCUUGGACUGCCGGAACGGCCGUCUCCUGGCUCGUAACUUGGCGUCCGGAGAACUCGUCGUGGCCGACCCGCUGAGCCGGCGCUGGGUCUCACUCCCGGCGCCCCCCACCGAGCGCCCCGUAGGGUACGGCCUCGUCGCAGGCGAUGUCAACUCUUCGGUGUUCCACGCGGUCUGCAUUUCGCGAGACGCCGGCUCCGGCUCCUCCGAGAUGCGCGCUUCAGUCCUCUCCUCCAGCGAGUUCCGCUGGGCCGACGUCGCUGGGCUCGCGAGCCAGCCCAAUCUUGCUGGCUCCCGCGCGAUGCAUUCGCACAGAUCGCUGUACUGGAAGCUUGAGGGUGGGGAGCGCAUGGUAGCGCUCAACACUGCAACGACAGAGUUCUCUCUGGUGGAUCUCCCGAAAGAACUGCAUAAACUCAGCUUUGAUGUCUUUGAGAAGGAGGAGGACGGUGGGCUUUACCUGCUCACCAUGCGUGCCUGGUCAAUUGAGGUUUGGGCUGCUGUGGAGGACGGCACCGGAGGGCUGAUAUGGAGGCUGGUGGAUACGUCUGUGAGGUUCAACAGGGCGAUGGAGGAGAUGCAUGGUUCACCAUGGUCGUACCGAGAUGGGCUGGAUGUCAUCGGUGUGGCUGCUGGUUUUGUGUUUUUGCGCCAUGGGGCGCUUCUGUUCUCCAUUGAUCUCGAAACUAUGAGGCCGGAGAGGUUGUCUCUGAAGGAGGAUUGCCCAUCAGCACUGAUCUAUCCUUACACAACGGCGUGGCCGCCUUUGUUCUUGAGCCCUACUGAACAAGGUGCUUCACAAGUACCCUGAGUUUGCUACAGGAAGAAGAUGCUAAACUUCAGCUUAUGAUGACAAGAUUUUGUGGCUUUGGCGACGAAAGUAGCAACUUCUCUAGUUGGUCUUGGAUAUUUCAGCCUCGUUUCAUGUUAUUAUUUAUGCUUCCGGACUUAGUUGCUGUUCUGUUCAGUCAAAUUAUGUAUACAGUGACUCUUGCUGUAUAAUUUAGGGAAUGUGGGAUUCAGCAUGCUUUUGCAAAUGCUCUGCAGGAGCUUCAUAUUGCUUCUAUCCUUAGACAGUGUUGAUUUCUGUAUCAGUUCAUCUGUCGGUACUGUACUUACUGUUGCUGCGAUACAAAUUCAUGUAUGCUGGUUAAUCUUUC